UCCGAAUCCAAUCCAAUCCAAUUUCAGCCGUCGAAGCUGUCGUGCGUGGUUCCGAAUCUGUGUUUACCUGCGGUGUUUUCGUGGGCUAUAUUGCACUGACAGUAUGCCACAGGGUGGUAGGAAAGUCCCAUUUAGCGCCAAACAAAAGAAAGUUCAGCUUCAGCACAAACGUGAAAGAAAGAAAGCCCACGAUGGUGCUCAGCCUGCAAAUAUCGAGACAGAACGAAAGAAGGCUCCUACAGAAAGUAUGUCUUUGGGAGACGUGAUCCGCAUCAAUGUUCAACCGGGAGCUGAUGGGCAGGCGAGGUCCAGUAGAGUCUUUCGGUAUGCUCUUCACUUCAAACGUGAAACACCAGAGGAACUGAAUAGACGCAAAAUGCGAUCCCGCGAGCCUUACCAAGUUCUGCCAGAGGAAGCUUUGGAGACGACUCCCGACGAGUUCUUCCGGCCAGGGUCAGCACUUGACAUGCCCCAGCGUCCUCCUUGGAACAGAUCAAUGAGCAAAGAAGCUCUUGAAGCACGGGAGAUGCAAUACUUCAGGGAAUAUGUGGAAGGCAUUGAGAAAAACUUUUCCGAUGCUGACUUGAGUUACUUCGAGCUAAACUUGGAAACGUGGAGGCAGCUGUGGAGGGUGCUCGAAAUGUCUGAAGUAAUCCUUCUAGUGGCUGACAUCCGCCAUCCUGUGUUACACUUCCCACCAGCUCUGUUCACACAUGUGACGAAGCGACUACAGAAACAAGUGAUCCUGGUUCUAAAUAAAAUUGACCUUGUCCCAGACCAGUUGACUUGCGCUUGGAUGGAUUUCUUCCAAAAACAAUUUCCCGGUCUGCGUGUGCUGCCUUUUGCUUCCUAUGCCGGUAUGAAGGUCAAAGGAAAGCGAGGGAAACGCCAAGGAAAGCUGAAAAUGGCAUUUGAGGCUUGCAAGGAGCUAAUUGCAAUCUGCGAGGAUCUUGUCGGAAGCAAAGUGGAUCUCUCAAGUUGGAGACGGAAAAUUGACGAAGAAUUUGCUGAUGGAGACAAAGGGGACGAUGACGACGACGACUAUGAUGAUGAUGAUGAUGAUGAUAAGGGUGGUCCUGACGCAGACGAGUUGGAGGUGGCACCACAGGACACAGGAUUCUACCAAGAGGAGCGGUACAAGGAUGGUGUCCUUACCCUUGGUUUCGUUGGCCACCCUAAUGUUGGCAAGUCUUCACUGCUGAAUGCCAUCAUGGGCAAGAAGGUGGUGAGUGUCUCCCGUACCCCUGGGCACACCAAGCACUUCCAGACCAUCUUCCUCACACCAAAAGUUCGACUUUGUGACUGUCCUGGUCUCGUGUUUCCUUCGUUGGUGCCCAAACCGUUGCAGGUGCUGUCCGGCUGUUUCCCCGUUGCACAGCUGAGGGAGCCAUAUUCUGCAAUCCAGUUCAUGGCAGAGCGAGUGCCAGUACCACAGAUAUUAAAACUCGAAUAUCCUGAAGACUGCGAGGCUUGGAGUGCUCACACCAUCUGUGAAGCAUGGGCGAUACAGCGAGGCUUCUUAACCGCCAAAGCAGCUCGACCAGACGUGUACCGUGCAGCUAACAGCAUCCUCCGAAUGGCUCUGGAUGGCCGGACGCUGUGCCUCGCAUUUUAUCCUCCAGGGUACACAAAGAACAAAGAUAAAUUCGAGCACAGUCCCCUGAUGGCAAAGAUUGCACGUAUUCACGCUGGACGGAAGCUGCCUACCGAAGAAGAUUCUGAUCGUGCUUCGGAAAAGGGAUCGUCCGACGACGACGAAAAUGAUGAUGAUGCUGACGAUGAAGGAGAUGAUGAGGAUGAGCCUGUUGCGCAAGCAAAUAAGUUCGCUCUCCUUAGUGCUGCCUAAGUUAAUAAAGUAACUAUUACGAAA